AUGUCAAACGGGAGCCUUGUGACAACGUUCUUCCUCACAGGCCUUCCCCAUGCUCCAGCGCUGGACACCAUGCUCUUUGGCCUCUUCCUGGUCAUUUACAUUCUCACUGUGCUGGGGAACCUCCUCAUCCUGCUGGUGAUCAGAGUGGACUCCCACCUCCACACCCCCAUGUACUACUUCCUCACCAACCUGUCCUUCAUUGACAUCUGCUUUCUGCUGAUAGUGCUGUCCUAUGUGUCCAUUGUCUGCUCCAUCCUGAGGAUCCGCACCUCAGAGGGCAGACACAGAGCCUUUCAGACCUGCGCCUCCCACUGCAUCGUGGUCCUUUGUUUUUUCGGCCCUGGUCUUUUCAUCUACCUGAGACCUGGCUCCAGGGACGUCAUGGAYGGGGUUGUGGCUGUYUUCUAYACWGUGCUGACACCUCUUCUUAACCCUGUUGUKUAYACCCUGAGGAACAAGGAGGUGAAGAAAGCUCUGUUGAAGCUGAAGGACAAAUUGGCCUAUUCUCAGAGCCAGUAA